AUGCUUUUUAAAAAGAAAUGUCAUUCUGUACAAAGAGAAUCGCGUAGUUCACGGAUUGGAGGGAUAAAAAUUGUUCAUUAUAAUUUUCAAACAAGCAGUGCAGUUUGUGAAAAAGUGAAAAAAAAUGAGAAAAAAGGAUGGUUUUGGAGAAGGAAAAAAAAUGAUUAUUUAAAUAAUGAUAAAGUAGCGAUUUUAACACCUCAAUGUAAAAAUGGAAUGAUUAUUGGUGGUUCUAAGGGAUUUGGAUUUGCGGCCGCUGAUGAAUUAUUAUCGAGGGGAGCAAAUAAAAUUGUAAUCGCUGAUAGAGAUAAGGAAAAAGGAGAUCGUGCCGUUGAAAGAUUGUGUGACACUUAUGGAAAAGACCGAGCAUCUUUUGUACAAUGCGAUAUAAGAGAUUCGACUUUACUUGAAGCAUCGUUUGCUGAAGCCAUCUGUCGACACAAAGUGAUUCACAUUCUCUUCAGUGAUUUUGAUGAAAAUCAAACUUCGCCGAUUAAAAAUCGAACUACAUCAAUUUGUGGCGAGUCUGAUGAUAAUGGAUGGAGUAAUACGAGAAAAGCAUCAAUGAUUGGUUUGAAAUUUAUGGGAAAGAAGAAUGGAGGUGCUGGUGGUGUGAUUGUUAAUUGUGCGAGUAUUUUGGGUUUUAUGGACUGGCCUCAAAAUCCAUUGCCAAUUUAUUGUAAAAAAGAACCGGUUAUUGAAGUCACCAGAAGUGUUGCAGAGGAACAUCCCGUGGACAAGAAUGGAGUACGUUUCAUUGCUCUUUGCCCAACGAAUAAGCCAUUUGAGAAAAUUUCAUUACCUGAUUUUCCCGAAUGUCAAAAUAAAAAUGAUUGCCCGAUAGAAUGCAUUCCUCGAAGGAAAAAAAUAGUGGGUUUAGCACUGACUCAUGUUAUGGCUAAUGCUCUCACAGGAAGUACAUGGCUCGUACCACCUUUUCCAAGUUUGUAUGAACUUCCAAAACUUAUCCAUUUUCCAAAAAAUAAAGAUGAACUCGUUGAUCCUCAAGUUUAUGAACAGGUUUACUUAAAGAAAACGUAAUUUUCUUUUCAAAUUGUGGUGUGAUGGCACCACUGUCUCUACGCUGAUUCGUAUUAUCGAUACUAUCGAUUCGAUAGUAGCUGACUUCAGUGUGGUAGCAACACGUGUUAAG